UGCAGAUUCAACAACUCUGCUUAUCAGCAUACUCAUACUACAAUACUAUCUUCUGGUCGAACAGGAGAGCUCGAGUCCAAGCACUAUCCGUAGUUACAUAAACGGAGUUACGCAAUGUUCGGACAGGAGAGUUGUCUCAUUUUCUACAUUCGAAUGCACACUGUUUUACGUUUAAAAUACUACUACUAAAUAUGUCCAUGUCUUGGCAGUCAGGCGGGUCCUCGCUCCUCAAUUCUCAGAGCGCAUCUCACCUACAACAACAACAGCAGCCAGGAUUACAGCAGAACAAUAGCACUAACAACCUGCAACAAAAUAACAGUAAUAUACCGCAGAGUAAUAAGAAUGGGGGCAACAUCUGGCCCCAAAGUGUGGGCCCGGAGGGGGACGCAAGCUUCGGUAAUAUGCGCGUUAAAAACGAAGCCAUGCGGAGUUUCAAUAACCUGGCUUCCUUCGAUGGCAAUCAGUUCGUAGAACGGCAACUACAACAACAACUGUUGAACCAGAGGCAAGAAAUGUAUACAAAGCAUCGAGAUAUGUUGGUGCAACAACAGUCGACUAUGUCUACGGCACGCUUGCAAGGUUUCCAUUCGGGCGAUUUGGAUACAGUGGCCGCACAGAACCUGGCUAUAGAACAGGU